UCACGGCACUAAGAGCCACCACUCUCCCCUUAUUACCAACCAACCCCACAAUCUCGAGAAAAACAACAAGGAAAAGAAAAGAAAAGAUCGGAUAAAGCACGCUGAUCCUCUGUUUCACCGCGACCAAAAUCAAGGCUUUGCUUGCAGAGAUUCCGCUAAGGAACAGGUGCUAAGCCCACCUCCGCACCACCACAUUCACCAUCAUCAUGGUUCAGCCCUUUGUGAAUCUAGUCUCCACCAUCAUCAGCGUCCUUUUCGUCUUCUUCCUCCUCACCGACAGUCUAGUUGCAGAGACAGCGCAGCAGUGUAAUGGCAGAUGGGUACACAUACGUCGACUCCCUCCGAGAUUCAACAUGGAUCUCCUCCACAACUGCUCAGAGUACCCUGUUUGGGACGAUUUCUGCCCUUACCUUGCCAACCACGGUCUCGGCCAGAAGACCCACAACAGAUCCGAGAGUUGGUAUCGAACCGACGCUUCGAUGAUCGAGAUCAUGUUCUACCGCCGGUUCCUCGAGUACUCAUGUCUAACGCAGGACCCAGCGGCCGCCGAUGCCGUCUUCGUCCCUUACUUCGCCGGCAUCGACUCACUCCGCUACCUGUACGGUCCGGAUGUGAAUUCGAGUGCCGAGCACGGAAUCGAAUUGGCGGACUUUCUCCGGUCGGACUCGCCGGAGAUCUGGAGGAGGCACCACGGUCAUGACCAUAUAUUCGUGAUGGGCAGGCCGGCGUGGGAUUUCUGCCGGCCGUUGUCGUGGUCGGAAGGUUGGGGAACGAGCAUCCUUGAAUUGCCGGAGCUACUGAACGUGACGGCCAUGAUUCUGGAGUCGCGGGCGUGGGCUUGGCAGGAGCAGGCGGUGCCUCAUCCGACUUCCUUUCAUCCGGCCAGCAUCGGCCGGCUGCAAUCGUGGGUGGGCCGCGUUAGGCGGUCGCGGAGAACGACGCUGAUGCUGUUUGCCGGCGGCGGAGGAACCUCCCAAUCCCCGAAUAUCCGGCGGUCGAUUCGGCUUGAGUGCGAAGAGAGGCCUGACCUCUGCUCCAUCGUCGAGUGCUCCGGAGGUGUGUGCGAGCACGACCCCAUCCUGUACAUGAAGCCGAUGCUGCAUGCGAAGUUCUGUCUUCAGCCUCCCGGAGAUACGCCGACAAGGAGAUCGACGUUCGACGGGAUGAUCGCCGGCUGCAUCCCCGUAUUCUUUGAAGAGCUGUCUGCCAAGAAACAGUUUACUUGGCAUCUUCCGGAGGACGAGUAUGACCGGUUCUCAGUUUUUGUACCUAAGGAUGAAGUGGUGUGGAACGGGCUGAACAUCAGUGAUGUUCUGAUGAGGAUACCAGAGGAGCAAGUUGGGAGGAUGAGGGACAGGGUGAUCGAAUUGAUGCCGAAGAUUAUGUACAGACGGCACGGUAGCUCCCCUGGACUGAAGAGGGUUAAGGAUGCUUUCGAUGUUGCGGUAGACGGCGCUCUUCAGAGAAUAAAGAACAGGAUAUCAGGAUCUGGGCUUGUUACUUGAAGCCGAUUUAAGAAGGUGAGGAAGAUAUACUUUCAGAACAGUUUGUCGAUUCUCACUUAUGUUGCUGAUAGAGCAACGAAGAGGCACCGUUGCUGAAUUUUUGGUGGUUAGAUCAUCGGAGGUUGGGAUCAAUUGAUCGAUCAAUCCCUAGUUUCUCCAUGUAUUUUUAACAUUAAUUUAUUUCUUUUCCACGAUAAUAUAUAGUUUUCCUGUUUCCUUUUUAUGUAUCAAAUCUUUCCCCUUAUCAUCAAAGCGUGUCUGUAAGUCAUGCCACUGUUGCAACGGUUACAGUUGAAAUGCUAAUUUUGUUUCAGAUAAGAAAUCAAUGAAUGAUUGUACACAAAUGUAUAGUGGACAUAAUAAAGUACAAUUACAACUCCUUUGCAUGGCUUUUUCAA